AUGAACCAAAAGAAGAGGAAGUUACACGGAUGUAAUCUCCUGGCCAUAGCUCUAGUGGUUGGGCCUUUGGCCCAUGCUCUUCCAUCAGAAGAGCCAAAACCAAAUGAAUUUGCUCUUGCUAGUGUGUUAAGCGUUUGUGGAAGCAUGACACUUCUAAAGCAAGGGAAACAAGUGCAUGCUCAUGUAUUGUGCAUUGGCAUAGAUCAUGAAGCAAUGGUUCAUAGUGCUCUUAUUAAUAUGUAUUCAAAAUGUGGAAGUGUACAAGAAGCUUCAAAAAUCUUUAAUGGAAUGAAAUUCAAUGAUAUUAUAUCAUGGACAACCAUGAUUAAUGGGUAUGCUAAACAUGGUUAUAGCCAAGAAGCCAUUAAUUUGUUUGAUAAGAUAUCCAGUGUUGGUUUGAUGCCAAACUAUGUGACAUUCAUUGGGGUUUUAACAGCAUGUAGCCAUGCUGGAUUGGUUGAUCUUGGUUUCUACUAUUUUAUGUUAAUGACUAAUGAGUACCAAGUCAAUCCUUCAAAAGAACACUAUGGCUGCAUCAUUGAUCUUCUAUGCAUAGCAGGCCAAUUGAGUGAAGCUGAGCACAUGAUACGAAGUAUGCCAUUCCAUAGUGAUGACAUUGUGUGGUCUACCUUACUCAGAGCAUGUAGAGUUCAUGGGGAUGUUGAUCGUGGAAGAUGGGCAGCAGAACAGUUACUUCAAUUGCCGUGCGUUCUUCACUGGCUAUUUUAACAACACUGGUUGUUUCCCUAUUCUCUCUAACAAUGCCAACGAGGUUUCCCAGGAGGAGCAUCAUUUUCUCAAUCCCCACGAAGAUUCUUCCCCCUUUCCCGCAACGCUCCUCAAACCUCGUCCUUCCCACUGACCCACCACCACCAACCCCUGCCCUUGACAAUUUUCCAGGGAAAAUCGCUUCAAGCUUCAAUUUUCCCGAGACAAUCGCCCCCCAACUGAUGGCUUCCUCCUUCCAUGGUUGAAGUAGAGUAUGAAAGGGAAGACCUUGCCCUUGAUCUAGGCUCACCAAAGGGUAGAGAAAAAGGAUGACUUUGAUGGGAAAGGAAGAUAGGCGUGAGGUAUAGAUGGUUGGCGGAAGUGUUUAGGGUUAAGGUGUUUGGUGCUCCCAAGGUUGGCUCACUCCAAAGGUAAAUGGAGGCCACUCUAGGGUUCUCACUCUCCAAGGGUGGAGAU